AUGUAUAUGUCAUGGUAUGAGUCACAUGCCAUGCAUGACACCGGGCAUCAAGAAGAAUAUUACAAGAGAGUCCGAGUCAGGUAUUCAGAUGGUGAUGAUGGAGCUACAGGUUGCCAAUCAUUACCGGCCAAAGUUCUUGCAGAUCCAAUUGUUUGGAACCUGCAUUCAAUGUUGAGGAAUGUAAUGUCAUCUGCCAUGUACCAAUUGAACCUUGACCUGGCGACGUCAGCAGAGAAAUCUGAUAGGGACACCAUCAUCAAGGUGGUCAAGCAGAUCACGUCCCUCAAGCUAGUGUGCGCCACAUGUCACAAAAGCAGCGAGAUAUUGAGGGAUGUGGCGGACACUGUGAACGCUCUGAUUGAGGUGCUGAUUCUAAAUGCAUCUCGAUUGCUGCUUCAUGAAUUGAGCGAUAACGACACAGCUGUGUUCGAUUGGCGUGAACAUUAUGUUGAUCUGGGUAUCCCCAUAGCAACCACAAAUCAAGCCAACAUUGAAGACAGUGCCAAAGAUGUCAGUAGCAACAGGAUGGACAACACUGCUGAUGAUGCACACGCUGCUGAGAAGAGCAAUGGUCCCAUUCAGGCCACCCAAAUGUCCCUGCCAAAAGGGAAGAAAAAACCUACUCCUGUUCCACACCGUGCACAGAAAGUAACACCUGUCCUGCAAGACGCAAUGAAUGUUGAGCAUGUCAAAGAAGAGGAACCCUCUGGCGCUAAUGAUGAUAUUGAAAUGGAGCAACCCACUGGCCUAAACGACGCAAUUGCUGAGUCUAACCCUCGCUCAUCAUCAUGCAUCACUUUUGAUCAAGUGUUAACAAACGAUCCAAAGGUUCGAGAUGUUCAAAAAGGUGAUGCUAAUGAUUGUGUCGUCGUCAGGGAAUCUGGAACAGCGCAUCUGGAGUCAGAUCCAGAUGCGGCCACAUUGUUGUAUAAAAGCAUCAACCAGUUGGCUCUGGAACCAGGCAGCCCGCUCUCCAAUCCUGCCUCACUUGGUGAUGGUGAUGAUCAAUCUGCCGAUGAGGCCAUGCUUGCCAAAGAUGUCAACUUAGUAGCGGAGCUUGAUGCUUCUGAUCAAUCUGCCUCAGCGGCACCAUCCAUUGCGCCUUCAGAGGGCUCUUUGGCGUCCAAACGUUCUCGCCAGGAUGCCAUGCUUAUGUCCCCGAACAACAAUAAGAAACACAAACAUGCCACCAACCAGGCUCAGUCGUCACAUGCAGAUGAUGGUGAUGUUGGUAUCAUCGCUGCUCCUGGCAUGUAG